AUGCGCACAUCUGUGUCGCUCUGUCUAGUCGUGACAUGUAUUCAACUGACGAAUUACGUGUCGACAGUCAAACUGUCAGAAGACGCAAACCUAAACACCACAGGCCUGGCCACAAAAUAUGGGCACCCGGCGACGCAUUACGACGUCGUCACUGAAGACGGAUACAUCCUCACCCUCUACCGACUCCACGGACGGAGCGGGAUCCCAGUACUGCUCACACACGGCCUGUUCGAUAGCUCCGACACUUGGAUGAUCAGAGGAAACACCUCCCUAGCGAUUACGCUCGCCAACAACGGAUUCGACGUGUGGCUGGCCAACAGCCGAGGCAACAGAUAUUCGCGACGUCACAAGACCCUCAACCCUGACACGGACCCCGCGUUCUGGCAGUUCAGUUUUCACGAAAUGGGAUACUUCGACCUCCCGGCUAUAAUCGACACGGUGUUGGAUAAAACCGGUGCAAACAGUUUAAACGCAAUAGGCCACUCCCAAGGUAACACUAUGUUCUUCGUUCUCGGUUCAGAAAGGGAAGAGUACAAUUCGAAGAUCAAUGUGAUGAUAGCGCUCGCGCCGGUGGCUUAUCUGCACCACAGCCCCCCGCCUGUAUCGUUCUUUAUGCAAAUAUCUCCGACGAUCAACUCUCUGGCUAAACUCCUCGACAUACACGAACUACUGGGAGACAAUACGCCCGAGGGUAGAUUGGUGCACUCGUUCUGCCCCGCGUCGAAGGUUGGACACAAAAUAUGCCUUUACGGAAUCGUGUUUCCCAUGAUGGGUUUCGAUGCUGCAGAGUUAGAACUGGAUUUUUUCGCAACAGCGUCUGUGCAUUUUCCUGCGGGGUCUUCUAUGAAAUGUAUACUACACUACUUACAAGUUGGACACAGAAAGAUAUUUGCAAAAUACGAUUACGGGACAAAACUCAAUAGAAAAAUCUACAACUCUACGAACCCUCCGGCGUAUAGAUUAGAGCGAGUUACUAUGCCGAUAGCUCUGAUGGCCGGCAGGAAUGACCGUUUUUCUUCGUUACAUGACGUUGCCGUUCUAAGACGGCAGUUGCCAAAUGUGGUGUACUACUUGGAAAAUCCUCGCACAUUGAUGAACCAUGCGGACUACAUGCUGGGUAAAAACCUACACGUUUACUUGACCCCAUAUGUGCUACGUGUAUUGCGCAAACGUAACAACUUUGAUUAAUUGUGAAUUAGUAAACCAUUAUUUUUUUAUUUCCAAAAAUUGUUACAUUUUAGUCAUUUAGCGAGAAUCGUUAGUGACAUAUGGAAAGUGAGUAGCUGCUCAAUAAAUGUUUAAACAUUUUUAAAUACCUAAAAACAAAAAUAACAAUAGUUUUAAAAUUUGAUCAUCUAAACUAAUGUUAUAAAAAGGUAAAGUUUGUGAGGUUGCAGAGGGUAAUCUCUGGAUCUACCGAACCGAUUUUGAAAAUUCUUUUACCAACAAGAAAGCCGCGUUAUUCGUGAAUGUCAUAGGUUUUAGGAUUACUAACCGACGCCCCGCGGUUUUACCCCCUAUUUCCACAAGAACGGGAACUAAGCGAGUAACAGCGGGGCGUCGGUUAGUAAUACAUAUUACUAAAUGGUAUAAUUUACUGAAUACUGAAUAAGGUUAGGUAUAAUUAUUUAAUAAUUAAAUAAUAAUAUAUAAUUAAUUUAUAUUGUCUUUUCGUGUAGACUCCGAAAACUAGAUUGCUAAAUAGGGUGGGGCAAUCUGAUUUUCUUUUAAAUGUUAGCUAUUUUUAAAAUAUCAAAAACAAAAAACACCUGUGUGAUUGUUUACAACUUGCUAAACUAACAGCCAAUGAUCCAAAAUUUCACAUUAUGUAGACAUUAAACCAGUUCUUAUCCUAAGAAAACAGUGGUCUCAUCAAGUUUCAUUGAUUCACAUUUUGCAUGUUCCAUAAAGGAGAACCAGCAUUUCUACCUAAUCAUCAAUAACGAUAUGCGAUAUACCAUUUGAUAGGAUUUUUAUGUAAUUUAACUAGCGGACCCGCUCAAGCUUCGCUUAGACUUAUUAAUUUAUUUAUUUGCACUUCUUCCCUAUCCCUACUUUACACUACCCUACUCCUACCCCUACCCUACCCUACAACUACCCUACCGCUACCCUACCCCUACCCUAUCCCUAUACCAUAAACCUACCACUACCCUACCCUACCCCUACACAAAAAAAAAGUAUCCUAUGUCCUUCUCCUGGCUCUAAACUACCUCCCUGCCAAUUUUCAGCUAAGUCGGUUCAGCCGUUCUUAAGUCAUAAGUGGAGUAACUAACACGACUUUCUUUUAUAUAUAGAGACAAAUAAUUAGCAAUAAAUUAAAAUUGCGACUAUAAUUUGAGAUUUAAACUAUCCUAUCUCUCAAGUUGGAUCGAACUGCACAUGGUGUGCGAAUUUUAUUAUAAUCGGUUAAGUGGUUUAGAAGUCCAUUGAGGACAAACAUUGUGACACGAGAUUUAUAUAUACAUAUUAAGAUUAAUAAUAAGGUCAAAAGUUCUUAAUUGCUGUGUGGAAAAAGUUAUGGCUCAAAAAAGAACAACAAGGAUAUUCUUUGAAACGACUUAACAAGCAACCUGAUCAAUAUAAAAAAUAUUAUUUCUAUCUAAAUUUAUAAAAAUAUAUUUAUAAUAAUAUAUGUUCACCGUCUUUAUUUCAUAUGGCACUUUUAUAUUUUCAUGUAAAUAAAGUAUGCCUUUUUUGCCAUAACUUUUUUCACACAGCACUAGGUACUUCCUGCCAUAACAAAAGUUAAUAAUAUUUAAAGUUAAAGUUCAUAAAAAACCUAUACAAUGAUAUAUCGCAUGUUGUUAUUGGUAUUUAGACAGGCUCCAUACAUACAUUUUUGCCAGUUCUCCUUUGUUAGUAAUUGUAAACAAUAUUAAUAAAUAAAGUGCCUAAAUAGAAAUUGAAAGAUCCAAACGCGCUUUGGUGUAAAGAGUACACAACAAAAUCAGGUCUUUACGGUGGUAAUUAAUGUUUUAUUUAUUUACUUAGCAUCCAUGCACUUACAAACUUACACUUACACACACUUACAAACUAAUUUACUGUUUUUAAUAUUAAACAUUUACAGAAGUAGACACGGGCAUCAGCUAACAUGCUAUUUAUGCAAAAUAAAUUAUCAAUUACCUCAUACAAUAUGUUAAAAUGAUCACUUUAUGUGAGGAUAUAUAGCUGAUUUACUAAUUACUAUACAGAAUACGGUCCAGUGCAAAAAAGCACACAACUGAAAAGUUGGAGGUGCAGGUUUUAGUUGUGUGCAUUUUUAACAAAUUAAACAUCACGUUAUUCUCAGACGGUGAAAGCAAAACAUCGUGAGGAAACCUGCAUACCAGAGAAUUUUCUUAAUUCUCUGCGUGUUUAAAGUCUGCCAAUCCGCAUUGGGCCAGCGUCGUGGACUAUUGGCCUAACCCCUCUGGGAGCCGAAUAUGUGCUGAUAAUGAUGAUGAAUGAUGACACAGAAUAGUUCAGUGCGAUCAUAAUGGAAACACUUGUUACGCACUUGUAUAGUUGCGACGAACAGUUUCUUUGCUUAUGGUGUGACAUAUAAUACAGAGCAGCAACUGCUCAGCUCAGCCAUGCCUUAGGCUGGGCCCUUGAACUUUACAAAGUACAAAAGUUUCAAAGUUCUCUAUGAACGCCAUCUGCUGGUAGUUUAAAACAACAAACACUGCUUCACUAUACCUGUAGCUAGCAGCACACAUCGCUUGAUUACAACCGCCCGUAACGCAUUCACCUUACUCCUAAAGUCUUACGGGCAAAGAAGUUUAACUACAAAAG